AUGACUAGCGACUAUGUGGAUUUUGAUGUCUUGCUCUCCGCUGCAGGUGAAAUGGGGACAUAUCAGUUCUACAUAGCUUUCGCGCUGUUUCCCUUCUAUACGUUCGUUGUGUUCGUGUACUUUAACCAGAUUUUCUUAACCGAAGUGUCUCCGAAUCAUUGGUGCUGGGUUCCUGAGUUAGAAAACCUUACGCAAAUAGAGAGACGGAACUUAGUGGCCCCUCCGGACUCAUCUCGAUUUGGAUAUUCCAGGUGUGAGACGUAUGACAUAGAUUGGAAUGCAGGAAGAGAGCAAUGGAACAGUUCUUUACGAAGAAUCCCGUGUCAACAUGGAUGGGAAUUCAACAGAAGCGAAAUACCCUAUGCCACGAUCACUAGUGACUUGGGAUGGGUUUGCGAUAAGGACAGCUACCCCGCUACUGCACAAGCUAUUUAUUUUGUUGGAUCCAUCAUCGGCAGCUUGAUAAUUGGUUUCUGGGCUGAUCGCUACGGACGUUUAAGUGCAGCGAUGAUAAGCACUUUGAUGGGGGGUAUUUUCGGCGCUCUCACCGUCUUCUCUACGAAUAUCUAUAAUUUUUCAAUAUACAGAAUGUUCACUGGCGCUGCAUACGACUCCUGUAGGAUCAUGGCGUAUCUUAUAUCCUUAGAAUUUAUAGUGCCUAAAUACAGAAGCGCAGUGUCGAAUGUAACGUUUGGAGUGUUCUACUGUUUAGCGCUUGUAGCGAUGCCCUGGAUAACGUUAGCUUGCGAUCACUGGAAGACAACUGCAUUGGUGACAUCCCUCCCUCUAUUAUUAGUGGUAUUCGCCCCGCUGUUUCUCCCAGAAAGCCCAAAGUGGUUGCUGUCUAAGGGUAGAGUUGACGACGCGGUCAAAAAAGCGCUAAGAGUCGCCGACGUAAACAAAAAGGUCAUACCCCAAGACCUUAUAGAAAAGUUUAAGUCUACCGCUUCUCACUGUGAAGAAGCGAAGGGUGUUAGCAUUUUAGAGGUACUAAAGAGACCAUACCUCAGGAGUGUGUUCCUAAUAAUCUGCCUCCAGUAUACACUCGUGGCUGUCACGUUUGACGCAAUGUUUCGGACUAUUAACUUGUUGGAUUACGAUUUCUUUAUUUCCUUCACAAUAAUAUCGGCCACUGAACUUCCUUCUUCGUUGGUCAUCGGUUUUAUUAUGGACGUAUUUGGAAGACGAGUGCUACUUUUCAUUUUGUUAGUACUUACCACGAUAUUCGGUGUGAUGACCACGUGUUUCUCAGGAUGGCAAUCCGUGGCUUGCGCCGUAUCUAUGCGAUUUGUCGUGAACAUGGCGUACAACAUAUCAAUUCAGUGGGUUCCAGAAAUACUGCCUGCAGCUGUCAGAGCGUCCGGAGUAAAUAUAGCCCACAUAUGUAGUUCCAUCGGUAUGAUAGUGUCGCCUUACAUAGUCUAUUCGGAAAUUUACUAUCCUUCCUUGCCCCUGUUGAUUUUAUCCGCGCUUUCUUUAAUAGCUGCCUCGACUGCGUUAUUUCUACCGGAAACUGCAAACAAAGUAAUGCCACAAACCUUUGAUGAUGCCGAACAGCAAGCUAAGGAGCACAAAAUAUGGGAAUUUUCGUGCAACUUACAGAGAACGGUCAGCAAAGACUUGAAGACAUAG